AUGGCCGAGAGCUCCAAAACAAAAGUUUUAGUAUUUGGUGGUAACGGAUUCAUCGGCGGGGAAACAGUUGUCGAACUGUUAGCAUUACAUGCAUUUGACAUAACAGUUGUUAAUCGAGGUAAUUGGAAAGAUUAUGAUUCAAAUAUUCGGAUUCGGCCAUUCGUAAAGACGAUCAAUGUAGACAGAAAAUCAUCGGAUGCAGUUGAAAAACUUCGCAAUACUAUUGGUGACGAACAAUUCGAUGCUGUGAUUGAUUUCAGUGCAUAUGAUAGCGGUGUUGUCAAAGAUGCUUUGAAAGUUCUUGAAGAUCGGUUUCGACUUUAUAUUUACAUCAGUACAGAUUCAGUCUAUGAAGUUUGUUUGCCAACUUCGAAUGAGCUCUCCAGUGAAACCGAUAGUAUUCGACCGACGGAUUCUGAUGAAUAUGAAAGUUUACGGAGAAAAGAUUCCUAUGGUCAUAAAAAAUUAAAAGUAGAAGAACAUUUAAUUGAAUGGCAAUCGAAAACAAAAGCAAACAACUGGUCGUACGUCAUUCUCCGCCUUCCGGAUGUCUUAGGUCCACGUGAUUCAACCGAUCGAUGGUGGUUCUAUCAAAUGUGGAUACAGUUCUAUUCAUCAAUUCAAAAACCAUUGGAAAUUUCUACACAUCUUCGCUCAUCAUAUAUCUAUGUCAACGAUAUUGCGCGAUACAUUGCUUACAUUCUCUCAAAAACAUUUCUCGAUUCAUCAACAAUAUUUUUCAAUCAAAUACUUAACAUUGCCUGCACAGAAAUCGUUUCCAUUCAUGAUUUAUUAUCUGUAAUCAUUGGCGAACUCAACUUGACUGAUCUGCGUAUGCCGAUUAGAUAUAAUCCAAACACUGACGCAGAUUUCUUUCCAAGUGUAACACGUGGUGGAUUAAAUAUUUCAAAGGCAUCAUCUGCUCAAUACAACUGGAAACCAACGCCAUUGAAACAAGUGGUACGUGAAACAGUUCAGUGGUAUAAUGAUGCCUAUGGACUUUAUCCAAAUGAACGUUCACACAUGGUUAAACGAAUUCGACGAAGCUUGUUGAAGGAUGAUGAAACAACCUAUGGAAAAUUCCUAUACGAUGUGAAUCGAUAUUCGACACAAAGUACCAUUAAGCGUAAACGAGAUGAUCGAGAAGAAGAUGAGAAGAAGAUUGUUAUUGUUGAUCAUAUCGAUGUUCGAUCAGAUUAUGGUGAUCAUCGACAACAAAAAGUUUUAAAACAUAACGAAAUGUAA